AUGCGGCCACUGGGUUCACCUGCCCAGGCCAAGUGCUUACCUGCUCAUGGUCAACCCAGUGAAACGCCAGAUCCGUCUGGCCAGGGUACACAUCGAUGGGUCAGUGCCCUCAAUAUCAUCUUCGCCAAGUCUCUGGAGGACAUGGGCUUCGACAUGACCAAGCUGGUUCCUUCAGACCAGGCCUUCUACGGUAUCAUCCCGGGUGCGAGCUCAACUCCGGUUGGCAAGGUCACCCUCCCCGUCACCUUCGGCACUCGGGACAACUACCGCACGGAGUCCAUCAUCUUCGAGGUGGCCCCGUUCGAGACUUCCUACCACAAUAUACUGGGGAGACCAACUCUUGCCAAGUUCAUGGCGAUCCCCAACAACACAUAUCUUCCUUUGAAGAUGCCGGCUCCAAACGGAGUCCUUUCCAUCCGCGGCGACAUCUAG